AUGCUCCCGACCCCGUCGACCUCGCACGUCUCGUACGACCUGAUCUACGAGCCGGCCGAGGACUCGUACCUGUUUCUCGACACGCUCUCGUCGGCGUCGGAGACGGCGUGGCUGCGUUUGCGGUUUUGCUCCUCCUCCCCCCCGUGCUCCUCUUCUUCUUCUUCGGCGCAGCCAGAGCCAGAGCCAGAGCCAGAGCAACCCACCACCAGUUCCAGCUCCAGAACCAGAACCAGGACGACCGCACAGGCUAACAACAAGAGCCCACCGCCCCUCCUGGUCGAAGUCGGCCCCGGGUCCGGCGUCGUGGUGGCCUUUCUGGCCGCGCACGCGCCCGCCAUCUUCGGCCGCCCCGUGCUCGGCCUGAGCGUCGACGUCAACCCGUACGCGUGCCGCGCCACGCGGACUACGGUCGAGAAGGCUCUCGGGGAAACUCAGGCGGCGGCGGCGGCGGAGAUGACGACGACGACGCUGACGACGACGACGACAAUAGACGAAAAGAACCCCUGGAGCAGGAGCAGGAGCAGGAGCAUCUACCUCGCCUCCCUGAACGGCGACCUGGUCACGCCGCUGCGGUCCGGCGAAGUGGAUGUGCUGGUCUUCAAUCCGCCCUACGUCCCGACGGAGUCGGUUCCUGCUCCUCCUGCUCCCCCUCCUCCUCGAACUACUACUACCCCUCCUGCCGCUUCUCCCACGUUCGCGGACCAAUCGCACCUCCUCGCGCUCUCCUACGCGGGCGGCCGCGACGGCAUGGACGUCACGCGGCGCCUGCUGCGCCAGGUGCCCGCGGUGCUGAGCCCACGCGGCGUCGCCUACGUGCUCUUCUGCCGCGGGAACCGGCCCGACGAGGUCAAGCGGUGGAUUCGCUCGUGGGGGUCGGGGUCGGAGUCGGAGUCGGAGUCAGAGGCAAACGAUGGCGAUGGCGACCACCACCACCACCACCAGCAAGGGCGGUGGCGCGCCGAGACCGUGGGCACCAGUGGCAAGACCGCCGGGUGGGAGAAGUUGGAGAUUGUGAGGAUAUGGCGCGAAGAGGAGAACGGGAAUGAAUCAGUGAGUGAGUGA